UUUUCAGCAAACGUAAAUAUCAUUUAUACGGUUAUUUUGUUUUUACCAUUCUGCUCCAUAACAAUUCUGCUCCAUAGAAACCACAGCAAACGUAUUCUUCUUCAUUCUUUGUUAUUCUGCAACGCUUCAAGAAUUAAAUAUCAGAAAAUGGAAAUAGGAAAUAAGGUUUACCUAAAUAACAUUGACCAGAUAGAUGAAAAAUCGCAUAUCAAGGUUCGGGUGCUUAAAAUUUGGAACUUUGUCAGAAAUAAUAAAGUUUGUUCCAUUGAAAUGAUCAUCAUGGAUGAGGAGGGUACACAAUACCAAGCUCGUGUCUUCAAUCAGAAUUUCUCCAGAUUUCGUCAUCUUUUAAAGGAAGAUGAAAGUUAUAUAGUUAUAAAACCCAAUAUGGCUGCUGUUACUAAUGGUUUUAGUUAUACAGGUCUUGGUGAAGCUAAAAGUCAUUUUGAAGUAACGAAAUUGUUCAUAAAUUCUGACAUUUAUGAAAUAAAUGAGUUUAAAAAUAAGUUGAAAUGUCAUGACAAUUUCGGUAUAACUGAAAAAAGCAUAACUACACUUCAAAGCUACUCUUCUUCAUAUACAGAUGACUUUAAGGGCAAUUUUCCAUUAAAAACAAUCUGUGAGAUCACCGAACCAAUUAAGGCCGGAGACAGUGAUGCCCUAUUUCCAAUGCAACUUAACGUGUUGAAAAACCGCAAGUUUGGUUUUGUUGUAGAUAUUACAGAAUACAAUGUCAACAACUAUAAUAACAUCUACACAGUUCUCAGAGUUACAGAAGAUAUGUCCAUUGUUUGUGAAUUGGAAAGUAAAAUAGAACUUAUGAGUAUUCAAUCUGUCUCCUUAAAUCAAGUUGCUUUGGAAUCCGAUGAUGUUGUACAGCCUGUUCAAAAGACGAAAGUUUUACACCCUCAACAGUUGAUAAGUCAACCGCAACAAGUCCUUGCAAAAUAUCAGGUGAUUUGA